AUUUUCAGAAGAGAUUUUGAUUGGCGUUGGGUUGAUUAUCAUGAAAAAGCUUAUUCACACUUAGCUGAACAAGCUUUAGAUUUAGCACGUUAUUUAAAUGAACCUCGUCCUAAGCAUUAUUGGCAAGAUGGAACGCAAAUCUUUGCUGAUGGAUAUAAUGAUUUUGAUAAAAUUUCUUCAAAUGUUGUCCUUUCUGAUUGUUAG